AUGGGGGACGCCGACAACAAACAAGACGAAGUGAAGCUCAAUAUUUCGCAAAGAUGGAACGACCCGAACGCAGAUCAAGCGUUGAAAUCAGAGUGUUGUCCUCAACAAGAUGAUCCAAGACAUGGCCCUCCCCACCACCAACGACUUCACGACUUCACACCCACUUCCGCCGACUCAUCAAAAACCCUCCUUUUCACCGACGACACUCUCGAGUCUUCUUCCGUCUUACACUUCUUCCUCUCCGUCAUCGGUGACAAGUCCCUCGAAGCCGCUCUCCAAGAGUCCGCAACGACAGACUACGUCCCUCUGUAUCACUACACGAUGAUGUUUGCGAAGAAGUGGGACUGUCCCCAGGCUUUGAAGUUAUUGGAAGGAUGGCUUUUGCGACUCGCCCUCAUGGGCCAGAAACACCCCCAUAUCAAACCCCUUGACGUCUUUAUCCUCGCUGCUAAGUUUGACGAUCGUCAGACUGCCGCCAGAGUCAUCGCAGAGUACCAAACGUCGGAAGACUGCCUCGAGCCACCUCACAGCGGGCGAUGGGGUUUCAUUCCUUCGAAUCAAGAACUUCAAAUGAACAACAUCCCCAGACAAGCUUGGGAGGAGAUACCUCCUGCAUACGCAUACGCCCUUCAACGUUCAUUUUCCUUGUGGAGCUAUUGCCCUCACUGCAAGAACACUCGGUCGGAUGGGCCGGAGAGAGCCGCGUUUUUCUUGGAGUGUCUCGAUGAAUAG